AUGCAUCUGACCACGAAUCAAGACGAACCAGUUGCACACUACAAAUCUAUUCCCAGCGGUGCUUCUGGAAUUACCGCUGAAACUGAGGUUACCAAAGGCCACCACGGCGAAACCCCGACUGAAAACGCGCGUGACCGAGACAUUACCGUCACCAUCGACAUCGACAUCGAGUACGAAGAGAUACUGUGCGAACAGGGAUGGCUUGGCUCCGGAUGUCCGCCGUUGCCGGCAUCGGGCAUCUUGGAGGAGAGUGUAAUAGAAGUGAAGAAGGAUAGCAGCUACAUUGCACAUGUGUACCACGGAGGCUUCGAUACGCAGGUGCGACGGAAACUGCAGCGCUGGAUCCAGGAGGGAAGGCUUCACUUGCACGGAGACAGAAGGAGGGGAAGGUGGAUGGGAAGCGCUCUGCGGUCAGGCUGGGCCAAUCUUUGA